GUGACUUUUAAUCCCGUGGCCGUGGGUUCGAUCCCCACAGACGGCGUUACUUAACAUUUUUUCCUACUAAUGCUCAAAUUACAUUUUUUUUUGGUAGAAAUUUCAUUGUUCAGAUGACUUUUUGCUGAUGCUAAAAACUGUAUCCUUUCAUAAUUUUACCAUUUUAGAGACACCAUCAGUGGGUAAAGAACCAAGAUAAGAGCAGGACUCAGGUCCAUAUAUUAGAGUCCUAAUUUUCAAAAGGACAAGUUUAGCCAAGAAAACUACUCAGCACUAGGUCCAUAAUAUAUGUAAGCGAAGCUUGGAUGAGAAUCAACUAAUAUUUUUAUACUUUGUAACAGUAUAAUUAACCAGACUUUGAUAUUAAAAAUGUUAAACAAGAGUUCUGCUACUAUGUACCUCUCCACUGUUUCAAUAUACAAAAACACAAGUGAACUGAAUGUGAUGGACCGAUUGAUAAAGUCAAAAAUAUUUAAUUUGGUGCUAUAUACAAGUUGGACAAAUAGACAGUCGUUGAAGUCUUCGUCUCCUAGAGAGACAACUUCUCUUAUUAUACACCCACGAUUGAGUAUAUAAUAUGUCUUGUGGUAAUUAGUAUAACCAAAUAAUGCAGCUGUAACCAUGUUGCCUGUUCAACUAGGUACGUUCAACAGCUAAUUAACCAAGAGACGCCAAGGCUAACUAAUAAGAUACAAAUUGUUUUUAAUCUUCUACAUGCUAACCACAAUAUUUAAUUUUAUACUUGAUGACGACGGCGGUAGUUUAAUUAACAACAAAUAUUUAGCGACAAAUUGAUUAAACAAAGAUGCCACUUACAAACAAGAUAAUGGUGAGUUGCACUUGCACGACCCUCCUUCACAUAAUCUGGCUUUUUUUUGCUCAUCCAUCAUAUAAUUUGCUUUAUCCGAGUUAAUUAAUCGAAUGUUUGAAACACGAUUAAAUGUUUCCAAAAUUAAGUACUUCAACGGAUAAGAUACAUUUCGAUAUUCACAACUGUUAUUAAGUACGUAAUCAUAGUCUAUAGACUGGCCAUGGUUGUUCAAAAAAAGACUGGCCAUGAAACAUUUUCUUAAAAUACAAAAAGAGUUUGAUAUAUUACAAGACAAGAAAAACCUGAGGGAGAAAAGACCAAAUGUGGAUGACACUCUGGCAAAAGAAACUGUGAAAAGCGUGUGUAGCGUUUAGAGAAGACUCGGUUAAUGCCAAGUCGUGUCGUAAAGUUUUGAACAAGUCGCUAUUGACCGUGAGAGACGCAACGGCGACAUUCAAACUUUACAGAGUAACAAGACAUUAUUUAUACGAAUAGUCAACGUCUUCAUAUAUAUAUACAUAUAUACGUAUCUCUAAUCUCUCUCUCAACACGUUUCUAUGUUUCUUUCCUGGUUUCAGACAUAGCCAUUGUUGAACUUGAAGCCUUUCUUCAUUUAUAGCGGUAGAUCAAGAAACAUGACAAACCGUCCGCAUGUUCCAAAGUUUGGGGACUGGAGCAACCAAGACCAGCCAUUCACGGUCGUGUUCGACAACGCGAGGACAAACAAACGAGCAGACUUAUACGAAUCUCUAGAGAACUCAGAUAUCAAAACUCCUCCUCAGCCUGCUCCUAGAAUUCCACGACCUGAACCACCAAAACCAGCUAGGGAGGGCACGCCAAGAGCACCUCCACCAACCGAGAGAAACAAAGUCAGAGCUCCUCCUGCUGACCAGCUCUACGGCGGAGGCAGAGAUGGAGGCGGAUUAUACGGAGGUUAUGUAGGUGGAGGUGGAUCAGGAAACCGGCAGCAGCAAGCUCCUCCUCGUCCCGCACAGACACAGCCUAGACCCAAUCAUAGAGGAGGCAGCAACGGAAGGGGAGGGACGACGAUUCCACCAUUUCCAGGGUCAGUAGGUUCAGGGGAGAACAUGAGUUACACACACAUUUUCGACCAAGUCAAAGAAGAGAGGCGUGAAGGUGCCAGACCCUACGGUGGAACAGCCGGAAACACUCCAUCUCGCCCCAUCAACAGUCAACAUGAAUCUCCCUCCCCAAACUCCUCCAAGGUCUGCUGCUUCCCAUGGGGGCGAAAGGGAAGUAAAUACUGAAGACAAUGUACAUAUUCUUUGACAUAUCUCUUUAUGUCUUUUGGUUAUUUUUUCUUUCUUUUUUUGUAACAAAAGGAGUGGUUUUUGUUGUGAACAACGUUGGAGAAAUCACUACUAAAUAUAGUAGUGUGUUUUGGUUGUGUAGUUUAUCAUUGUUCAUCCAUUUCUCAAGAAAAAACUUGCAUAUGAAUGUAAAUGUGCAGACUGUAUGUUUUCUA